AUGGAGCAGAAGUGGACGAAGCAGAGGUCUCUUGUGGUGUAUGAACCUAGAAUUGUUGCGGGUGAGCUCGUGGAUGGUGAUGCUUGCCAAGUGCCUACCUUGAGAGACCUACAGGGACUCUAUGAUCAGCUGGUUGAGUCAGCUGAUGCCUGCCGAUUGGAUUGGCAUGCUACUUCCAAGAAAGCCGAGAGGUAA